CUAUUCUUAACUCUACUCUCUAAUUCUCUUAUUCUCCAAUAUAUUAUAUUUAUAUAUCUACUUUAUAUUAAUUAUCUACUUAUAAUUUAUAAAUACAUACAUUAUAUUACUUAUAUUUCUUAUCUAAUUAUAUAGAUAGUAUUACUUUUACGUUUAUUAUAUCUAUUAAUAUGAUUGGAAUUAUAUCUAAUUAAUUUGAAGUCAUUCUAUUACUCCCAUCUGAAAGACCGAAAGUCCGAAAGAGAUGGAUCGUCCUAGAUAUUCGGUUGAUAUGGGUAACCUCGAUCGCAACCGAACGAAAGAGCUUGCGAGGAAGAGAUCCCGCAAAGGUAAAUCACAUAUCGGCUCUUCAUCUCAAAGUCGAGAUGAUUUUGAUAAGGGUUACGCAAGGAGGGAUGAGGAUGCGAUGAACGACGAACAACUAGAACAAGAAUUGCACCGACAUAAUUGCCGUUUUUUUCAAGACCAACCGAGGACCAUUGACGAAGAAGAGCUCGAGGAUGACGAUGUGGACGAAGUAAUUCCAGAGAGCCACGACGAGGAGGAGGAGGGUGGUGGCAGCCACAACGUCGACGAGCCUGCCUCAUCCCAAACCGGUACGAAAAAAGUAAAUCUGAACUAAUGGCUAAUAAUUUUUCUAAGUGGAAGGACCCGAACACCGGGAAUUGGACCGCAACUUGCAAUUGGUGCAAGAAAAACUAUAGCUUGGGGAUUUCCGGCGGAUACGGAUCCGCCACAAGACAUCUUAAGUCCAAACACCCGGUGGAGUAUGCAAAAUUAGGCGGCGGAACGGGGAAGCAAACUCAAAUAUCGAGGUUUGCAAAUAACCAACAAGCUUUUGGUAAUUUAUCAUACAAUGAUGCACAAAAUUUGACUGGUAUGGCUAACUUACUUGUUGAAAAAAAUUUGUCUUAUUUAUUUUCUGAAAGUCUUGCUUUUCGUGAUUAUGCACACACUAGUUUAAAUCCACAAUAUAGAGGUUAUAGUCGCAAAACGGUUAAGAAAGAAAUUUCAAGGCUUUAUGGUGCGGAAAAGGUAAGGUUACAAAAUUAUUUUGCAAACUUUGAUGGGCGUGUUACUGUAUGUUCUGACAUAUGGGAGGAUACUUAUCAUAAUUUACAUUAUUUGGGUCUAACUGUACAUUAUAUUGAUAAUGAUUGACAUAUGCAUAAACGUGUUCUUGCUUUCCGUGAAUUUAAUGAUCGUCACACCGCUGAACAUAUUUAUAUUUUGAUUGAACGUAUUUUAAUUGAGUAUAAUUUAAUUAAUAAGGUGUUUGCUACUAAUAAUACUGCUGCUAUUUCUAGAUUGCGUGAAUUAUGUGGUUCUACUUCUUUGAUGGGUUGAUUUUUUCAUCAACGAUGUGCAUGUCAUGUUUUAAAUUUAUGUGUGCAAGAUGGUCCAUUGCCAAUGUAUGAGGACAACCUAAUUGACCCGUAAAAAGAAUACAACGAGAAGAUGAUGAUCUUGACGUACUAAACUGGUGGAAGGGAAAAAGAAAGAAUGUUUUCAGUUUUAGCAAAGAUGGCUAAGAAAGUGCUAUCAAUGCCGGUUUCAACAGUUGCCGUGGAACAAGAAUUUAGUUCGGCCGACAAUGUCCUAACGCAAUGUAGAACGAGGUUGAGCGCAGAAUCUCUUGAGAUGCUUAUAUGCUACCACGAUUGGUUGAAAGCGGUUCGUAGAGCUCAAGAAAUUGACAUCACCCCAUCCCAACACUUUAUGGAUGAAUCUACAACAGAGGGUGGCUCUACCUAUGUCAG